AUGACAACCGCAAAUCCACAGCAGCGACAGUUUGCUUUGUUUCGUAAAUUUAGCACUGAAGUGCGACCACCGCUAAUGUUACGACGGGAUGAACGAAUCCGGUCGAUGACAUGCUCAUUUGAAGAGAUUACUGAGUCGGAAGAGGAGGAGGAUAGUCAGCUUCCGGAAAGAAGUUCACCUGAAGGACGUUCGCCACAUGCAGUCAUAGGUGAGUCGCCAUUUGCCGAACGACGCGCAUCUUCCCCGCAGAGUCGUAGCCCAACUUAUGCGAGAAAAGUCGUCCCACCUCGGCUGUGUCGUGGAUCCUCAGAUCCGGGCCCACGUCGUCGACCAGCUGUGUUUGGAUCUCUAAGUCCAGAACGACAUGAUGCUGGGUCAGAUUUAUUGAGUGAGCAUCCCUUCCACCAAUCCCAGAAACAGCCUCAUCGUGAGCUGAUGAUGGAAACCAGAAAACCUAUCCUGAGGACGAUCAAUUAUCUCUUCGUUUGCUCAGGUCAGCUGAAGUGUCCGCUGAUAGCGUUGGAUAAGCAUGAAUUUUUCUCUAUGAGAAUAUCCACGAAAUACAUCUGUACAUAUAAGGUCGAAUGCCUUUUGACCAUUGCUCUUGAUUGGCUUUUCUGCUCUACCCCACCCCCCUCCUAG